CGGCGGCUCCCGGCGCCCCGCCCCCACAGGUUGAGUGCGGGGACGCGGUGCGGCGGCGGCCGCUGGCUGGGCUCGGCAGGGUUUCAUAUGAUGAGGUUUUUAUUAUGGCCAGUGACCCCUUGGAAGGCUUUCAUGAAGUGAACCUCGCUUCGCCUACUACGCCAGAUCUUCUUGGAGUAACCGAGCCAGGGACUCAGGAACAAACUACCUCACCUAGUGUUAUCUACAGGCCACAUCCCUCUGUUGUGUCCUCCACACCGAUCCAGCCCAAUGCAUUAAAUGUUUCCGACCUUCCCACCCAACCUGUUUAUUCAUCUCCCAGGCAACUGAAUUGUGCAGAAGGAUCAGGUGUCAGCACCAAUGCUACCGACGCAGUGCUUUGUUCUACCUCUGGACCCCAGGGUGGGUCAUUCAAUCACAAUAAUGCCAGGAAGGAGAGCAAUAACGUAGAGAGAGAGUUUUUGCAGGGUGCUCCAGUAGCAGAUGUUGCUGAAGGAAAUGAAGAUAUUUUUGGGUUGAGUGCAGACAGUUUAUCUCACUUACGGAGCCCAUCUGUACUGGAAAUAAGAGAAAAGGGCUACGAGCGAUUGAAAGAAGAACUUGCAAAGGCUCAGAGGGAGCUGAAGUUAAAAGAUGAAGAAUGUGAAAGGCUUUCUAAAGUGCGAGAUCAACUUGGACAGGAAUUGGAAGAACUUACAGCUAGUCUGUUUGAGGAAGCACACAAAAUGGUCAAAGAAGCUAAUGUCAAACAAGCUGCAGCUGAAAAGCAGUUAAAAGAAGCACAAGGAAAAAUUGAUGUCCUCCAGGCUGAAGUAGCAGCGUUGAAAACAUUGGUGCUGUCGACUUCACCAACAUCUCCAACUAAAGAGUUCCAGUCUAGUGGAAAAACUUUUAAGAAAGGCCAUGCAAGAAACAAGAGUACAAGCAGUGCUAUGGGGGGCAGUCAUCAGGACCUUACCAUGAUGCAGCCAAUUGUAAAGGACUGCAAAGAGGCUGAUCUGUCUUUGUACAACGAGUUCAGAUCUUGGAAGGAUGAGCCUACACUGGACAGAACCUGCCCUUUCUUGGACAAAAUCUACAGAGAAGAUAUUUUUCCAUGUUUAACCUUCUCAAAAAGUGAGUUGGCCUCAGCUGUUCUGGAAGCUGUUGAAAACAACACUCUGAGCAUUGAACCUGUUGGCUUGCAACCUGUUCGGUUUGUGAAAGCUUCUGCAGUUGAAUGUGGAGGACCAAAGAAGUGUGCUCUCAGCGGGCAAAGCAAGUCAUGCAAGCAUAGAAUCAAGUUAGGAGAUUCAAGCAGUUAUUACUACAUCUCUCCUUUCUGUCGGUACAGGAUCACUUCUGUGUGUAACUUCUUUACGUAUAUUCGAUACAUCCAACAAGGACUGUUGAAGCAGCAAGAUGUGGAUCAGAUGUUCUGGGAAGUUAUGCAGCUGAGAAGAGAGAUGUCACUGGCAAAACUUGGCUAUUACAAGGAAGAGCUCUGAAUCUUUUUACUCCCGCGCGUGCAUGAACUUCAUUGACUAUACCUAACUAAAACUGCUGAACCUUUCUCUUUUAGGGUUUGUUUUCUUUUCUGGUCACUUGAUAUUUAUUUCCACAAAGUGGGUCCAAGGUCUUUCUUCUCCUUCUGCAGGUUGCACUAAGAAGUACUGUGAUUGUUUUCAACUGACCUAUGCUGUAUAUGCGUACACAUAACACUUAGUUGAACGAAUGUGGUCGACACUUGAGAGGUGUAUUAGUGAUUGUCAUUUACCUUUGAAAACAAAACUUCUGAUUAUUAAAGUGUUAGUCUGAAA